AUGUUUCUACGGUUGUUUCUCCUCUUAACCCUAGUCUCUCUCUCACACUCUUCCACCGUUUCUUGUCCUAACGGCACAGACUUCCACCAAUUAGCCAAAGUUUUCCGUUACGUCUCCGGUUUCAACUCCUCCUGGUUCUCUAACUGCUCCGCCGUCGUCACUCACGUCGUUCUUCCGUCAAAAAACCUAAACGGCACUCUUUCAUGGAACCCGUUGCGGAAUCUCACGCGCUUACGUGUCCUCGAUCUCUCCAACAACUCUCUCGACGGUUCCAUCCCCACUUGGCUCUGGUCUAAACCCGGUCUUGUCUCCGUUAAUCUUUCCCGGAACCGGUUUGGUGGCUCUAUACGAGUAAUUCCAGUUAAUGGUUCGAUUUCUUCGGUUAAGGAGCUGAAUCUCUCGUUCAAUCGGUUUACAAACGCGGUUAACUUAACCGGAUUCGUUAACCUCACAGCUCUCGAUCUCUCUCGUAACCAUCUCGGUGUUUUGCCUAUUGGUUUGGGAUCUCUCUCCGGUUUACACCAUCUCGAUAUCUCGAGAUGUAAAAUCAAUGGCAGUGUUAAAUCGAUUUCCGGUUUAAAGUCGUUGAGUUACUUGGAUUUAUCGGAAAACUCGUUGAACGGUUCGUUCCCGGUCGAUUUUCCGAAUCUCAACCAUCUCCGGUUUUUGAAUUUAUCAAGAAACCGUUUUUCCGGUUCGGUUGGAUACGACAAAUACCGGAAAUUCGGAAAAUCGGCGUUUUUACACGGCGGCGAUUUCGUCUUCAACGAUUCUAAAAUCCCUACUCGCCACCAUCUCCAACCUCUCCCUCACCGGAAUCUGCCGCCACGUAAUCGAAUCGUCAAAACGCAUCGUCGUAAGCACACGCCUCUGGUGAUUGCCUUGUCGUCUUCGUUAGGAGCUUUGGUUAUUCUAGUCUUCGUCGUGGCUGUGAUUCUAAUCCGUCGUAGAUUGAAAUCGGCGAGGAUGAAAUCGAGAUGGGCGAUUUCGAGUCCUGCACCGUUGGAUUUCAAGAUGGAAAAAUCUGGACCGUUCGCCUUCGGAACGGAGUCUGGUUCGUCGUGGGUCGCGGACAUAAAAGAGCCGACGGCGGCUCCGGUUGUGAUGGCGUCUAAGCCGUUGAUGAAUCUGACGUUCAAGGAUCUCAUUGUUGCCACGUCACACUUCGGAACGGAGUCCGUUAUAUCUGACGGCACGUGUGGUCCACUUUACCGUGCCGUUCUACCAGGUGAUCUCCACGUGGCAAUCAAAGUGCUUGAAAGGAUCAGAGACGUCGACGAAAACGACGCCGUUACGGCGUUUGAAGCUCUCACUCGGCUUAAACAUCCAAACCUUUUGACUCUCUCCGGUUACUGCAUCGCAGGAAAAGAGAAGCUUGUAUUAUAUGAAUUCAUGGCUAACGGAGACCUUCACCGAUGGCUUCACGAGCUCCCGGCGGGAGAAACCAACGUAGAAGAUUGGAGUGCUGAUACAUGGGAGAGUCACGUCGGCGAUUCGUCACCGGAAAAAACAAACUGGCUAAUACGUCACCGUAUCGCCAUCGGAGUUGCACGUGGUUUAGCCUAUCUACAUCAUGUUGGUACCACUCAUGGGCACUUAGUCGCUACCAACAUCCUCCUAACCGAAACCCUAGAGCCGCGAAUCUCGGACUUCGGUAUCAACAACAUAGCAAAAACCGGCGAUGAUGAUACUAGUAACAACAAUGUAGAAUACGAUGUGUAUUGUUUCGGGGUGAUUUUGUUUGAGCUAUUAACCGGUAAGCAAGGGAAUGAUGAGAAUGUGAAAUCGGUUCGACGGUUGGUUAAGGAGAGGAGAGGAGAGGAAGCUCUUGAUUCGAGGUUGCGGUUAGCGGUUGAAGAAUCGGUUAGUGAGAUGGUUGAGAGUCUUAGAAUUGGUUAUUUUUGCACGGCGGAGACGCCGGGAAAACGACCAACGAUGCAACAAGUCUUGGGUCUUCUUAAAGAUAUUCGUACGGUUUCUCGUUGA